CCCUCUUCUUUUUUCAUUCAUUCACCAACCAAUCACCAAAAGAAAAAAGAAACUCAAAUUCAACCAAAUCACAUUCUCUUUCAACAAUGUCUACCAAUGACAAAUCAAAUGGUUUUGAAGAUUUGUUACCAGUGAUAGCCAACAAGCUAGGUGGUGAAGGAUUAAUCAAAGAGCUAUGUAAUGGGUUUCAAUUGUUGAUGGAUAAAGACAAAGGGGUAAUCACUUUGGAUAGUUUGAGAAGAAAUGCUGCACUUUUGGGUCUUCAAGAUUUGAAGGAAGAUGAACUUGUUAGCAUGAUGAAAGAAGGUGAUUUAGAUAAUGAUGGAAUACUUACUCAAAUGGAAUUUUGUGUUUUGAUGUUUAGGUUGAGUCCUGAAUUGAUGGAAGAGUCUUGGUUUUGGCUUGAGGAAGCACUUAAUCAUGAACUUGGCAACAAUAGUAAUAACUUUUCUUCUUUCUAGUUAGUUUUAAGAAUUAUUAUGGUUUUUCCUUUAUGUUGUUGUAAUUCUUCCUAGCUAUUGAAAAUAUUGGUAAUGAAAUGGUUGACAAUUUUUGGAUA